AUUAAUAAACCAUGCUUUGUUGAACAAACACUAUGCACUGCAUAGGAAAAAUAUAUUGAAUUCAAUAAGAAGCUUAUAAUGUAGGAAUAGGGGUAAGAAAAGUGCAUAAUAAAAAUUGACAGUCACAGUUUAACACUCACAUGUGUGCAGUAUGCAGUGUGUGCAAGAGAGCUGACUGAAGGGCACAAAUGAGGUUGGCAGAAAGAGAGCAAGUAGUGACUGUGGGAUGAUUUAGGAAAAUAUGGAUGAAUUGUGGUUAAUGUCCCUCUUAUAGAACAGGUGUGUAUGCAGAAUAAAGAGGUGGGCAUUCUAGUUCAAACUGCUUUUGCACAAAUCCUAGGUGAACGUGUGCCUAACUUAUGCCUGACUACAAAAUGUGCUUACAAAUAUCACUUCUGACUUCACAGACCUUACACUGAAACAUAAACACAGAUUUUAAGAUCAAAUGCCAGCCCAUAACAUUUGGUAAUUAGCUCAUCAUCACGUUUUAUAACAAAAUGGCCUUGAUGAACUUUAUGCUAAAGCAAAAUGAGACUUUUUGAGAUACCACAGGAAAACCAACAUUUCCUAUUAAAUACAUUUAGGUGGUUCAAAACUGUGAUAAAUGACUUGGAGAGUCUUUAUUUGGACGAUGAAAUUAAUUCAAAACUGAUAAUAUUGGAAAACAGAGUGGAGAAGAAAGCAUUCCAAGAAAAAAAAAAUGGAGUAAUCACUACCAUUGGGAAAAAAAAAAAACAUUGAACAUAAUCUCAAAUUUUGAGAUUUUGACUGUUUAGAUGAAUAGCAAAAUUUAAAAUCACAUAUGCCAUCAACGGGAACAAAGAAAUAUAAGGAAACCCUUAGCAGGGGAAAAGAAAAAAAAAAGGAAAUAUUUCUUGCAGAUUUAUUGAGCAAUAAUUUAAAAAUACACUUGACCAUUGUUCUAGAGCAACUGUCAUUUAUAGGGUUUGUUCCUAUAUGGAGUUGGAAAAAUUGUAAGGCAUACAAUUCCCAGUUUGCAAGUGAGCAUGCAAAAGCCAAGAAAGUGAAUAACUUGUAUUUCUAAUUUAAUCUUUCCUACAGAUGAAAUGUGAAGUGAAAAAAGCUGAAGGCAAUGUCUCUACAGUGAUGCAAUUUGUACUGCUGGGGUUUUCUGAUCUUUCAAAUCUCCAAGGAUUUCUCUUUGGAGUGUUCUCCAUCAUUUACAUAAUUAUUAUAAUUGGAAAUAGCCUCAUAAUAGUACUAACCAGUCUCGAUCUUGCAUUACAGAAACCCAUGUAUUUUUUCCUGGCAAAUUUUUCCUUAUUGGAAAUUUCUUAUGUAACUGUCACUCUACCCAGGAUGCUAAUGAAUCUUUGGACACAGGACAGAAGCAUUUCUGUGCUGGAAUGUGCCACCCAAAUGUGCUUCUUUCUUAUGCUGGGGGCCACUGAAUGUUUCCUCCUGGCAGUGAUGGCUUAUGACCGCUAUGUGGCCAUUUGUAACCCUCUGCACUACCCUCUAGUCAUGAACCAAAAGAUGUGUGUCCAGCUAGCAGUUGGCUCCUGGAUCAUUGGCAUCCCAGUCCAGAUAGGGCAAACAGCUACAGUUUUCUCUCUGCAUUUUUGUGAUUCUAACAAAAUUAACCACUUCUUCUGUGACAUCCCUCAUAUCAUCAAGCUGGCCUGUGGGGACACUUCUGUUCAUGAGAUGUCUGUCUAUGUAGUAACUAUAUUGAUUGUCACUGUCCCUUUUAUGUUGAUACUUGCCUCCUACAGUAAAAUCAUCUGCACCAUUUUAAAGUUGCCAACAGCCUCAGGACAGGCUAAAGCCUUCUCCACAUGUUCUUCUCACCUGCUGGUUGUGCUUUUAUUCUUUGGAUCUACUACCAUCACCUAUUUAAGACCCAAAUCCUAUCAUUCUGCAGGAAUGGACAAGCUACUCUCUCUUUUUUACACCAUAGUGACUCCGCUGUUUAAUCCCAUGAUAUACAGCCUUAGAAACAAAGAUGUUAUUGCCGCACUGAGAAAAUUCUUUCUUAAAAUGUAGUAGGAUGAGGUCGAAACAACCUAAAUCCCCAUCAGUAUUGGUCAAUCAUAAAGAGAAAUAAAGUCCUGAUACCACAACAUGGAUGAAAUUUGAAAACUUUAUUCUUAGGGAAAUAAGUCAGUCACACAAAGACAAAUGCGUUGUUUUCUCACUUAAAGGAAAUAUGCAAAUAUAUAGAAACCAAAGGUUAGUAGUGAUUAUGGGAGCAGGGAGAAAAGGAGAGUUUUUACCUAGGAAGCAUAGAGUUUAUGUUAAUGGUGGUGGAAUAAUUUGUAAAAGGGUAAUGAUAACAGUUACACAAGAAGAACGUAUUUAUUAUCACUCAAUUAUGCAUGUAGAAAUUGUUGAGUUAGCAAAUGUUUUGUUGUGUUUAUUUCACUCCAUUUUGAAAGUACUAUGAUCAGCUUAAUUAUUAACAUUUUAAGUGUGUGUCACACAGUUAUGAAACAUUUCAGGUCUCCACAUUUCCCUGUUAACAGGUCAAUUCUAGCUUAUGACGUACUGUGAGAUACCUAGCCUGAAGUUUACUGUGCUUGAGUGUAUACUUGAAAAACUGCUCUAACUUCACUGUUCCGUAUCUUUACAAUAAUCUUCUUGUAUAAAUAAAAGUGUGAUCUGUUCUGCACUUUCUUAGUAAAAACUAAGAGCAAAAUUCAAGCUAUUAAUAUAUUUACAUAUUCUUGCAACUAUACAAAAUUAGUUUCCUUAAUUAAUCAGUUGUCUGAAUUUUCAUACUUGU